AUCCUACCACUCAAGAUGGUCGGGGCACGUGAGUUUUUAUUCGUAAUUACAGUAGUCGUGGUUAUCCUCUCACCUUCUCUGGUCGAACCUACCAGGAUUAGGACCAAGAAAAAUGCCGACGUUGAUCUGAGAACGCCGGAAUUGUUGAAGAAAUAUGGUUAUCCGAUUGAAAUUCAUCAUACCGUUACCGAGGAUGGAUACAUUCUGGCUAUGCACAGGAUCCCUGGCGUCCUUUCGAACGGCGAAUAUAAGAAAGCGUGGAGAGGUCCUGUCCUCUUGCAACACGGACUGGCGGGCAGUUCAGCGGACUGGGUCAUAAUGGGUCCCAAAAGGUCCUUGGCUUACUUACUCGCUGAUCGGGGAUACGACGUCUGGCUUGGAAACAGUCGUGGAAAUCUUUACUCAAGAAAUCAUACCGUCCUUUCACCGGAGAACAAGUUGUUCUGGAAUUUCAGCUGGCACGAACUUGGGGUUUUUGACCUCCCGGCAACGGUGGAUUACAUCCUCGCUCAGACGUUGCUUCCGAAAAUCUUUUACAUCAGUCACUCUCAAGGAACGACACAGUUCUGGGUCAUGGCCUCGGAACGUCCUUCGUACAAUGAGAAGAUCAUAUUAAUGGCUGCAUUGGCGCCUGUAGCUUACACCAGUAAUCUACGAGGGCCGGUAACGAAACUUGCUGUACUGACACCAAUUGGAGUGUGGGUUGGGGAGAAUUUUGGAUAUCCGGAAUAUACGCCAAGAUCAACAUGGGAAAACCUCGUUUCGAACUUCAUAUGUAGGGAUUCCUCUUUCACCCAGUUUUUGUGCAGUACCGUUCUUUUCCUCAUUGCUGGCUUCAGUCCCGACGAACUAGACUCUACGAACCUACCUGUAAUUAUUGGCCAUAUACCAGCUGGCGCGUCCUGGAAGCAGUUCAUACACUUCGGGCAAGGGACUAUGGAACAGGGACGUUUCCGAAAAUUCGAUUACGACAGCGUUGAAAAGAACUUGCGUGCCUACAACGUCAGUGUACCACCAGAAUAUCCUUUGGAAAAAAUUACAGCCCCAGUUGCAUUUUUCAGCAGCAAAAAUGACUGGCUCGCUACGCCAAAGGAUGUCAGUCUUCUGGCAUCGAGGCUCCGUAGCUUGAUGCUGUCUUACAUAGUGCCCGUGGAUACUUUCAAUCAUUAUGACUUCCUGUGGGGAAUGCACGCUCCGGAAUUGGUCUACGAGCGUCUCUUCAAGCUGCUGGAAGAAUUUGAUAACAAUAUUGAACGAAAAAAAUAUUUUAUCACAAUACUCGAUCGUAGACAAUCAGUAUAUAAGGCCAAUCGAAAUCGAGGUUUCCAUUCAGAGUCAUCAACCGCAGUCAUGAAAUUACUAUUCAUUCUGGUCGUGGCUUUAGUCGGCUCUGCAAUUGCAGACGACGAUGCCGAUGAGAAGGUUUGGACUGAAGACGAAGUCGAGGAUAUUUUGGCCAGUGCGACUAGCGACGCGACUGCAACUGUCCCUGUACUAAUUGCCAACAACGGAUACACAGCCGAGACCCACUACGUGACGACCGACGAUGGUUACAUACUGCAAAUGCAUCGUAUCCCUGCAACUCCUACGAGUGCCGCAUCCGAUGACAAACCUGUCGUGUUCCUCAUGCACGGCCUGCUGUCCAGUUCUGCUGACUGGGUGAUCAUGGGACCUGGAAAGGGUUUCGCUUACAUCUUAGCCGAUGCCGGAUACGACGUGUGGAUGGGCAACGCAAGAGGAAAUACGUACUCCAAGAAUCACACCACCUUGACAGAUUUUACUGGCAAAGACUUCUGGUACUUUGACUGGCAUCAAAUUGGCUACUACGAUCUCCCCGCCAUGAUUGACUACGCUCUUGAAACAACGGGUCAGGAGAAAUUAUUCUACAUGGGUCACAGUCAAGGCACAACUUCGUUCUACGUGAUGGCCUCUAUGAGGACCGAUUACAACGACAAGAUAAAAGCCAUGUUCUCUCUGGCGCCCGUUGCUUACAUGUCGAAUCUGAAGAGUCCGGUAUUGCAAUUAGCUGCCACCUUCGUGACUAGUUUGACGUCUCUCUUCAAGCUCAUCGGUGUUUACGAGUUCUUGCCCACCAGCACUUUCCUUAGCAAAGUUGGAGCUACCUUCUGCAACGACGAUGCUCUGACACAAGUCCUUUGCAGUAACAUCCUAUUCAUGUUGGCCGGUUACAACAAGGCUCAAUUGAACGCUACUAUGCUGCCAACUAUCCUUGGACAUACCCCGGCUGGAGCCUCAUCUCGACAAAUCGUUCACUACGGUCAAGAAGUUCGAUCUGGCAAGUUUAGGUAUUACGACCAGGGUUGGAUCUCGAAUUUGUGGAACUACGGGUCGAUCAGCGCACCGGACUACGAUCUCAGCGCGAUUACAGCUCCUGUUCACUUGCUCUACAGUGACAAUGACUGGAUGGCUGCUGUAACAGACGUCACACAGUUGUACUCUGAGCUUGGAAACCCAAUUGAAAUGUACCGAGUGCUCGAUGGAAAAUGGAAUCACCUUGAUUACCUCUGGGGUAUCAAUGCCAAGGAACUCGUCUACGAUCCCAUCAUUUCUAUGAUAGAAACAAACUACAGCGACUAAUUGUACGACGAGUCAUGUAAUUUGUGUCCAAACCGGAAUUUUAUUAUAACAAUACAUAUUCAAGUAAA